GAAAUAGUUCUUCAGUCCCAGCCAGGUGAGCGAACGUGCUCCCCAAGCACCUGCUCAAGUCGUCAUGCGCUGUUCCAGAGCAGCGGGCACCUGUCUGAACCCCCUGGAAGCGCUGGUCCCAAGCAGACGUUCAUUUGCUCCAUGAUAACCAGAACCUGGCGGAUAACGACCGAGAACCACGACCUCGAGGGGAAAACAAGCUGCAGGAGAGAAGGAAAUCUCAGCAUGACCCUGAGAAUGCCCUUAAGACAGCGCCGCGAGAGCCAGGCCCCACCAGGGGUCUUUCUGGAUUUCCCACAAUGGUGUCAGUUACCAUGGCUACAUCCGAGUGGAUUCAGUUUUUUAAGGAAGCUGGGAUUCCUCCGGGCCCUGCUGUCAACUACGCAGUUAUGUUUGUGGAUAACAGAAUCCAGAAGAACAUGCUGCUGGACCUGAACAAGGAGAUCAUGAAUGAGCUAGGGAUCACGGUGGUGGGGGAUAUUAUCGCUAUCCUCAAGCACGCUAAAGUUGUUUACAGACAGGAGAUGUGCAAGGCAGCUACUGAAUCGGUGUCCUCCAACCAGCCAAGUAUGCAGUCAGAGCUCCGCAGGAACGCCAACAGCGCCGCCACCCGUAUGAUCGCUAACAGUUUAAGCCGAGAUUCGCCACCUGCUACCCCUGUCCGAAGACCUGACACCAGUACGUCCAAAAUCUCCGUUACUGUAUCCAACAAGAUGGCUGUGAAGAACGCAAAAGCAGCAUUAUGCGAUCCAGCGGACGAGAGCCUGGUGGGCACGGUGAAACGACGGCGAGUAACCGCGGAGAUGGAAGGGAAGUACAUCAUCAACAUGCCAAAAGAUCCAUCUGACGAACCCCGCAUCAAGAGAGACCAGGUGGAGGAGGUCAUAUCUUUUAUUGGACCAACUUCUGCUGGUGUGCCCAGGACGUCUGUGUUUGACCGGCUGGGAGCUGAGAUGAAGGCAGACACAACCACAGGGAAUAAGCCUACAGGGGUCUUCAGCCGACUGGGGGACGCACUGGAGGCAGAGGAGGACAAAGCCGCAGAGAGUGAUGACGACUGCUCCGUCCUGCAGUAUGCUGGCGUCCUGAAGAAGCUCUCCAAGCCUUUACGCAAGGAAAGUGCCAAACCAGGAGUAACCAUCAAAGCAAAAGCCACGAGCUCGGAGGCAAAACCAGCUGUGACGACCAUUCGACGACUUGGCAAUAAGAGCUCCGGCCUGGCGGUGAAGGAAAAGAAGCCGGAAUCAGCGUCCAAAGUCAGCGUCAUCCAGAGACUGGGCAAGCCCGCCCUGCCCACCGAGGCCCAGGACAGCAGCGUCACCAGCACGAAGAACAAAGCUGAACCGCAGUUCAGGGUCACUCUAAAGAGGACUUUGGGUAGCGCUAAGGUUCUUGCCUGUAUCUAGGAAGUAGCGUCUCGAGGUCUCCGUACAGAGAUAAUACGGAGUGGGGACACUGCUGGAACUCUUGAGUCUAAGAGGGUUUCCUAGCAACCUAUAAAAGCAAACGUAAGGGCUCCCGGACACUGCGCAGGCGUCUGUUUGAAUGUAGUCAGUCCAAGAGUAUUAAUCUAAGACCCACGGGAGAUGUCUCUUCUCCUUCGGUCCUCACACCUGCUCUUGUGUCCCUGGGCUAGCAUCACUCCACCUGCCUGCCCAGUACAGCAUUACACUUGUGUUCCAGGCAUGGGUUUCCACCCGGAUCUGUGCAGCCCUUGCACCCUGAGAGUGUGGCAUGGAUUCGAACAGGUCCGUGGGCAGCUCCAGAGUCUGCCAGGAACAUGCUAAGAGUAUGCAUGGCCUGGAUUUGUUUGGUCAGUUCAAGAAGAAAUAUUUUGUUUGUGGGGGAUGGGGAGAUACUUUGUUCAGAUGUCUGGGCAGUUGCCCUCAAGUGUAAAAGCAGCACAGUUCUGCACAGGGCCAGUUUCUCUUUGGAUUGCCCAGCUCCGAGUCAAUCGGCCUCACCCCCAGAGGCUAGAGCCUGGCCUUGCUUUCCAGGGGGCAGCAUAACUGCCCUCUCCUGACAGGAUUUCAGCACCCUCGUGCUGAGAGGUUUGGUUCUGAGUAGCACAGAGAUUCAGCAGGGAAGUCAUUUUGCACAUGUGCAAAUACAAAGGCAGAUGUCUGGCUUUGAUUACUUCUCAGCGUCUCUGUCCCACGGGGAGGCAACAGGUCUUGCUCCCCUUCCUAAAAGGCAGGACUCCUGUACAUUCUUUUGUGUAGGGAGACUAGCCCAUUAUGCAGCCUGGGACAGGAGCCAGGGUCACUCCCAUGCUGUGUGGUGGCCCCCGUUCCGAGCGGACACGUGUCUGUAUCAAAGAACCACCGGGGCAGCUGGUGCUGCCACUCCUGGGGGAAGCCUGUGCAGAGAGGCUGAGGACUGAGUCCUGGACAGCAAGCUCCUCUCUCCGCUCUAGGGCAGAAGGUAGCAUCUGGCAGGGGCAGCUUGUCCUGUUCUGUGGGGAGUCACGGGCUGUCAGGCUGUGGGCCGGCUAGUUCAGAGGGCUCUGUUUGUGCUCCCCUCUUCCCCUCACUAAAAGGGGUUACUCCUCCCAAGUAGGUACUGUGGGUGGGGGAGAGGGGUCAAUGGCUGUCAGGCUAGCUGGGCAGCUGUUAGGAGUUCACAGACAAAGCUUGGCGGUGCCGAGAGAGGUUCCCUGCUGGAGCACCGGACUAAGGUGGUCACGUGCAGCCCACAGACCUGGAGCAUGGCGUGCAGCCGCACUCCUCCACCCUCCGUUGGUGAGUGCUGCAAGAUAUUCGGAUAAAGAGCCCUAGGCCCGUGCUAAGUGGGUUAUCUUACUAAAGAGAGUGUAACCUGCUGGAUAGGCCCCCGCCGGCAAUGCUCCGUCUUGGCUGGGAGCGUCUGCGGGACGUGGCACCGGAGCAAAGAGGAGUGGCUGCCGUUGGCUUCCUUGCCAACUGAUUAAAUGUGGUUGUCACUGUAGACCACCUCUGCCCUAAACCCAGUGCGGAGUUAGCCUGCCAUGUCGUCUCUGUAUUGGUGGUGCAGCUGAGGCACUGGGCUGAAGAACCGACUCAAUCCAAACAAUUCUAUCUACUGUUCUUUAUUAAGCCCAACAGGAGGUUUAAUGUCUCUGGAUGUAGGCCUUCUCCUUAAGGAGAUCCUGUCGCAUUUUUUUGCUGUGGGUUUACUGCAUCCCUUUAGCUUUUCUAUUUUAUCAUCUGUUUUUAAGUGGUUGCCUGUAUUGGCCUUCCUGUUUGUUCUGAAGUGCUAACUUUUCUUGUGAAACGCCCGCUUUGCAGGUUCCGGAGGCUUUAUAACGGGGUUAAAACACACGUGUUCAGCUGUGGGACGGAGAUGAGGAGGCUGUUUCUGAGGGGAGGGGAUGGGGUCAUUGGAUCCAAGAAAGGGAAGUUUGGGUGUGUCUCUCCCCUCCCCUCCCAAGACAAAAUAGGCAAGUUGGCAUAACCCGUUUCUGGGAGUUUUGGUCGUGCUUUCGAAAGGAAGGUUAGUGUUCUGAAUGUUUUUAGACUGUUUGAGGCAAAAUACUUUUUUUAAGAAGGAGAAUGAAAUCUGCGCACAGGCUACGUUGUGUAGUCAGCGGCCAUAGAGGCAGUAGAGAUUUGUGUAAUGCACUCAAGGCACGUGCCGUUAUUCUUCGAGGAUUUGACGUGCUGUUGCAAUAAAGCAUAAAAAAAGACA